CGAGGACAGACGAAACAUGAUUGAAAAUCAAGGAUGUGAUUGUGAUUGAGGGGCGGAGAUGCUUGGUUGACGACAUGGAAGGAAGACGACAGCGGCGGGGUAGGUCAAAAGAGAGAAACAAUUCGGUGGACAACAUAAUAGAGAGCUGUCGACGAGUUGAGUGGAUGAGCCGUUGAAAGGAACCCACCGAACACUGAACACUGAACAGAACAAAGGCGUCGGGCGAAUGUUUGUGCAUGUUUGUUCAAGUGGCGGUAGCGGCGUUGUUGUUGGAAACAGUGAAUAGACGCCUGAGCAGGACCUUUUUGAUCAGCGUGCUGGCUGGGUUUGCGAAACUCCAUCUCUUGUCCUUGUCGGCCUACCGUCGUCGCUACAAGUUCUGCGCAAGAACACCUUCUACCAGUCGUCUUCGUCGACUAUAGUCUUUCGCUAGACCGGCAGGCUCCGCUGGUCUCGUCUAGACACAUCCGUCGCACCAGUUUCCACUUGGAGAGUGCUCCGUUUGCUUCUAGCCACCACCAACGACUCGACGUCGAUUCAUUUCUCCUUUGCUUCGCCUUUCCUUUCCAUACAGACAUCAAAGAUCAUGUCGUCUCUUCACCCACCCAGUCCAAGCCCUUCUCCCGGCCCUCCUGGCAACGCCAACGGACGGUCACCCAAUUUCCGUGCUUCAAUGGGCCCUGGUGCUGCACGCCCGCCUGUAGCCCAGGGACUCCCCCAAGCUUCUCCUCGCCCUGGUGCGAUCUCGGGUUCUGGCAGGCCUACCAGCGAGCUGCUCGGUAGUGCUACCAUGUUCCAGACCCCUGAAGGUCGGAGGCUAUUGACCAAUGGUUCGAAAACCUCCAAAAUUACGAGGCUACACUGGAGGAAAUGGCUGCCGCCUCGCUGGAUGUCAACUUCAAAGAGGAACUCAGCGCCAUUGAGCAAUGGUUCAAGGUUCUUUCCGAAGCCGAGCGCACAGCCGCUCUUUACAGUCUUUUGCAACAUUCUACCCAAGUACAAAUUCGGUUCUUCAUCACAGUCCUGCAGCAGAUGGCCAGGGCUGAUCCCAUGACCGCUUUGCUUAGUCCCGCUGUCGGCGGUUCGAUGCAGAGCCAAAUGGAGGCUAAAUUGGCCAGCAUGAAUCUUAAAUCGCCCGGAUUGAAGUCCACGUUGCCCUCCUCCCCGACGGCGCGCAACUUUUCCGGCGCGCGCGCGAGCAUGGGGUUGGACGGUAUCAAUGCUUACCUGUCCCCCGACUCUGCCAAUAAUCUGAGUGCUUCCGCUGGUGACCCUGCUGCGACUCUCGCUCAGCAGAGGGCUAAGCUUAAGGCAAGCAACGCCGCCCAUAGGAUCUCAGCUCCGGCUUUGUCAUCUCAGGUUGGUGCCGACGGACGCCCCUCCUGGGGGAACGCCAACCAGCUAGGCCAAGUCGAUGAGAGCUCUACCGCGCAGGAGAUCAUCAUGCCGUCCCCUAACGGCAGCGCUUCUCGUCCCAAGAGCACCGACUUCUCCGGCGCGGCGAACGCUUUCAAGUCUUCCCGCGAGGCUGAUGGUCUGUCGCCCAUGGUUGGCGAUAGCUGGGCGAGCAACGUCAACACGCCUUUGAUUCCUAUGUUUAACAAGAACAGCCAGAGCCAGAGUCUCGAUGCUGCCGCGGCCAAGCUCAACGAUUGGACUACGACAGGCGGCGCCGGUGUCCCGCUCAUAUCCGAUCCGCCCAAGAGGCUUAACCGGUUGUCGAAGGGCAACAUUAGUAACAACGGUGAAGAGGGCCCUGGCUCUCAACAAGCUGGUGGCCAUCAACAACAGCACAACCAUCAUAACCAACCACAACACAAUCAGCAACAACAACGCAAUGCUUCUGGCGGCUAUAGGAACGUCAGCGGGGGUGGCAAUGCAAAUGCAUUCGGCGGCCAAGGUGGCGGCUGGAAUGGGGCGCGGAGCCCGGCGCUCUCUAAUGCUUCAGGCCGGUUCAGCGACGACGGUAGUAUGAACGGGCUUGGAAUGGGCGGUUUCAUGGGUAACAACGGGUUGGGGAUGGGUAUGCCUGGAGCCGGGGGACUGAAUAUGGCUGCUUUCGCUGGCAUGGCACCGAUCAGUCCCUUCAACAAUAUGUUCAACAUGCCCAAUCUCGCCGCUAUGGGUCUUUCUCCUGAGCAGAUCUUGGCGAUGCAGAUGGCGGCAGCAGCAGGACAACUUGGCCAACCUGGUUUGGGUGCGUUCGGAAUGGCCGGCUUGCAGCCGCCCCAGCACUCCCCCGCUAGUGUUCGUAGCGGACGGAGCAGUGUGCGUUCACCUGGUAGCGUCAAGAGCCCGAACUCGAGGGACAAAAAGGACGAGGAGGAUGUGGAUCCGAAGGUGUUGGAGGAUGUGCCUGCGUGGUUGAGGAGCUUGAGGUUGCACAAGUACACGCCUAAUUUCGAGGGGAUGAAUUGGAGGGAUAUGGUUGCUAUGGACGAGGCCGCGCUUGAGGCGAAGGGCGUCGCUGCCCUGGGGGCGAGGAGGAAGAUGCUCAAGACGUUCGAAAUCGUGCGCAAGAAGAUGGGCAUCGAUGCACCCGCAAGUGCUGGAGCCCCCUCCUCUUAAAUAUUUGAAGAUGCAAGAUGCAAGAUAUUGUGCGCAAUGGGGUUGUCGACUUUCUUGUCCAAAUUACACCACAGUGAACAAUCGUCGACUUACCCCCACACCGCCACUGAUUCACGCAUUCAUCUGAACAGCCGACGGAGCUGAAUUGUUUUCGUGUAUAUUCUAUCUUAUAUUGGUUUUUGUUUUGUCUUUCCUCUCCUAUCUCUCCUUUUUUUCUUGUUUCUCUCGCGACGACGACACCCUCUCCCACCCACUUAUUCGUGCAUAUACCUCGCUUUCACUCACACCACACUCCUUCAGGCGAUCUCUCCAGUUUUUUCUCUAACACUCAAAUUAUCUCCACGUCUUGACCAAAGUGUUCGUAGAUGAAUAAUCUCUGUAUCUCGCACCUAGGUUUUCUCUCCCUCCUACUUCUAUCUUGUAGGAUGUAAUUUAUAUUGCGGAUCGAAUUGCAUGUCUUCCUUUUGCUCUGAAAUAGGUUUGUUGGAGACUCAAGGCAGAGAGAAAAUACCAACUCCGCUGCGGGCUUUGGAAUACUGGUGCAGGUCAAUUUGUGUUCUUUUUGGUCGCCAUCGUCCAUGUUGUUGCUCAAUGUUGCUGCUGCUGGAGUAUCAACCGGAAGGGCGUGGGCUACGCUCUUCCCGUUGAUGCUCGAUCGAGAGCAUUCGUCAUUCUGUCAACCCGAGUCCAUAUGCGAUACUUCGUGAUAGAGGGGUACGACAUUAGAGGAUAUAUAGUAGCUGCAACACUGUUUUCUAGCUGGGUAUACACGACAUAUAUGCGUACGGUAACAAAAAUAAUCUGUGGAUGAGGGAAAGAAGUUGCAGAAUGCUAUCUGCAAUCAUACUUGGGAACUCGGGCUUGUAGCGACUUUAACAUACUUCGCGACACGCGGCCGCCGGACGUGACAGCCAAAGUCUAUACCUUCCUUGGAGAGAAAGUCCUACAUACAGGAAUAGAAUUCAGCGGGAAUUGACAAAUAACACCAAUAGG